AUGAACAAUCCAAAUCGAGUACACAAUCCUUUGUAUGGUAAUAAUCAACCAUCCUCUUCGGGAGUGCCUCCAGUGGGACAGCCACAACCGUAUCCACACCAGCAACCUCCACAUCAACAACCCCAUCCUCAUCAUUAUCAGCAGCAACAGAUGCAGCAGCCUCCACUUCAGCAGCAAUCUCAUCAGCCACCUCUUCAACAUGUUGUUCAUCAAUCAAGUCAUCCACAACAGCAACAGCAGCAACAUCAACAACAACAUCCUUCCCAACUUCCGCAAUAUCAACCAAAGCCACAGCAGCCACCUCCAGCACAGCAGCCACCUUCCCGGCAGGCUCAGCCUCAACAGCCUCCACAGAAGCCUCAAUCACAACCACAACCACAACAGCAGCAAAUCCAGCAACUAUCCCAAGAAGAGCGGGUCCUAAAAUUGUGGAGCAACAUGCGCUACACGGUGGCGUCCUCCUUUGAAAAGUCCCAGACUGCCGAUGCAGCAGCUGAAAACAAGGACAAGAAGGAAUUUCAAGCCCAAUUUACUGAACUCUCCAAGAAUACCCUGCAUUUUUUGACUUAUCGUCGGGACUAUCAUCGAUUGUUGAGUCAAAUUGAAGCCAAAUUGGAGGGCAAGGCCCAAGAACGACAGGCAUUGGAGACCUAUGUAAGAACGGCACCCCGAUUGGGAAAGCGUAAGCGUGCGGAUGUGAACGAGGAUUCUGUUGCUGCUGCUGCCAUUGCUACCGCAGAGACAGGAGCCUCCUAA